CGCGACUGGGUGCGUCGCAGAAAUGUGACGCAGGAAAACGACAUCAAGAUUCGACAAAUUAACGGACCAAACGCGAACCAUGCUUUUCUACUCGUUUUUUAAGUCUCUGGUGGGGAAGGACGUGGUGGUGGAACUCAAAAACGACCUGAGCAUCUGUGGAACACUUCAUUCUGUGGAUCAGUAUCUGAACAUCAAGCUCACAGACAUCAGUGUGACUGAUCCAGAGAAAUAUCCACACAUGCUGUCUGUGAAGAACUGUUUCAUCCGCGGCUCCGUGGUGCGCUACGUUCAGCUGCCUGCAGAUGAAGUGGACACUCAGUUACUACAGGAUGCUGCACGGAAAGAAGCCAUGCAGCAGAAACAGUAAUUAACUCUGAGUGACGUGAUGGGCUUGGGUUUGGCUACAGGUGUCUGAGAAGGCCGCGAGUGAUUUCUUUUACGUUUUGAAUUAGCCUCAUUAAUGGCAUCUGGUAUUGAUGUUUUGGGCAGCUCCCCUCAAUAAGCAGCACUGCUGAUUGUCCUCAACUCUUCACAACUGAUUUAACUGCAGAUGUCACAUCAGUGGCCUUCAAUUUCGAAAAUGGGAAAUACCACAAAUGUUCAUCUUACAGGCCAGUCCUGAGUUGGUUUGUUUUAUGUUGGGGGAGUUUUUUCCCCAAAAAAGUUAGUGUGGAGUGAAUUGAAUCUGUUGGAGGUAAAGAUGUAGUAUGUUUAUGUUGCUUACAAUAUGUACUACUGCAUGUACUGUAAAAAUUUUAGUUUUCAUUUUGAAAUAAAAAAAA